AAAAACACAAGCGCGCGAGUGUGACGUAACGAGGUGUGUCGUCUGGCUGGUCACGUGAUUUGUGGCGUGGUGAGGCAAAGCUAGAACAGCUUGCAGCGGAGACUUUAGUUGUCUCAGGCGGUUACUGUUUAGAGAAAUCUGUAUCGAGCUGCUAGAAAAGAGACGCUUUUACAGUAUUUGACCUUUCAACUGGCAUCAUGGACGGAGGAGUGACAGUAGUUACCAAUCCCAUUGUUAGUGUGCGCCUAACAAGAACCAUCUCCUCCUUUGAGGUGCCACUCAGGUUCAAUAGAGGGAUUAGUAUAGCAGAACUAAAGAGAAAAUUGGAGAUGGUUGUGGGCGCGUCUUCCUCCAGCAUGGACCUGGAGUUAUUCAGUGUCUCUGACAAGUUCCUGCAGAAAAUGGAUGACAAUGAUGCUUUGCUGGGCUCCUAUCCCGUGGAUGAUAACUGCAGAAUACACGUUACAGAUACAAGUGGUCAGAUGAAUGAGUUCACUGAUGUUUCCAAAGUGGAGAAGUAUGAACUCCCAGAUGACGUUUAUGAAAAGAGAACAGAUUCAGCAAGGUCAUUCAUGAAGAAACAUCGUGUUGGUCACUUCAACGAGGAAGAAAUGGCCAAGAAGAAAGCUGAGCUUGCUGCUCGCGAGGAGGAACAGAAGGCUGCUGCUGAUGCCAUAUCCGUUGGCAGCCGAUGCAAAGUGCAGGUCGUUGGGCAUCCCACGAAGCUUGGCACAGUCAUGUAUGUUGGUACAACAGAUUUCAAGCCAGGCUACUGGGUGGGUGUGAAGUACGAUGAGCCCCUUGGAAAGCACGAUGGAACCGUUAACGGAAAGCAAUACUUUGAAUGCGAGAACAAAUAUGGUGGAUUUGUGAAGCCCUUGAGUGUGACUGUGGGGGACUUUCCCGAGGAGGAUUUCGGAUUAGAUGAGAUGUAGGACUGCUACCUGACAGAAGGGGGUGGAGUUUUUCUGCCCUGAAUUUGAGCGUCAACCUCAAGCUGUUAUCCAUUCACCAAACGGAGCUGUCAGAAAGUCACUGUCAUUGUUACAAAUGAUUUAUUUUUGUUUUGUGCUUCUCUGGAGGGCAUGAUCCAAAGAGUGGUGUUUAAAGGUUUUAUAGAUUCAAGGUCUUUCUCACUAACGCAACCUGAUGGAGGUGAAUGUCAGGCAGCACAUCUCUUGGUGUGCUGGAUAUGAUGAUAAUAGCUCGUGAUAAUCGCACCAACAUGGUGAUAAAGGAGGUUUUCUUGCAUGUAAGGCAGCAUAACGAAAGUUAAUAUGUGUUCCUUCACUUCAUGCACUUCUGUUCAAUUUACUUGCUUUAGCAAUAGUCGUUGCUUCCAGGCUUUCCAAACACGGGAGUCUUAUAUGUAAUCUAAAAGUCUGUACUGACAGCGGACAUAACUUCAUUUGUACUCAUUUAGUUUGUAUCAGUUUGUACAAAGAUGAUUGUAUAUAACCGUGUUAAAAAGUGGCGGUGUACCUUGUUUUCCAAUCUAGCACUGAAUAAAAUGAGUGCUUAAUGUUCAAACUCAUUCCACCAAGAAACAAGAAAUUCACAGUUGAAGAGGAACGAACAAUAAAUCUCCACUAUCAGAGUGUAUAGAGCAACUAACCUGUUUUCAGCUACAUACUGUAGGUGUUCAGUGUGUGGAAUAAGAGUGGAAAGGUUUGCAAGGGUAGAUAUUUCCUCUCUAAACAACUUCAAAUUCCUUACAUUUCAUUUUCUUUUUUGUCUGUAAUAUGUAAACCCCUAUUUUUAGGUUUCAAAAUGAAUAUGUAAUGUCCCUUUAAAAUUUGGUGACUUAAUUCCUCUUGUUAAAAUAUACUUGUUGAUGUGUCCUGCUUAUAUUGAACCACUGCAAUAGUAAAAAAAAAAAACAGUUUCAAGUUUAUCAUUUAAAUUGGUAAGGCUCAAUUUUACUGUCUUUUCCAUUUUAAAUGAGAUGGAUCAAAUUAAAUGUAUACACUUAAUUUAAACCGAGUUCUCCUGUAUACUGACGGAUGACAAAAUCCAAGAAUAAAUCCAGUAAAGUUGCAAAUGGAGAUUUUUAUCACAUGUGCUUAGACAUCUCUAGGAAAACUCAGUCUGAGCUGUGACAUUGAUACUAAAUUGUACUAACAAGUGAUUAAAUUUUUAAAUCAGGCCUAGAAGGACUUUUUAAAAGAAUUCCUGCAUGUCUUUCCCCCUGUUGUUCCAUAGAAGCACGACACAUUGAAUUUCAUGCAGUUAAAGUGCAGUCUUUGUUAGUUUUUUAUAUUCAUGUCCUUCACUCAUUCUAUAAUACUGUUGUUGUUUUUUUUUGUUCAUGUGGGUGGCUUGCGUAAUAGUUGUUUAGUGAAGAUGUUCAACACCGAAACAUACCUGAUAUCGUUGCCCAUCUGUAGCGCAAGUAUAAAGUGUGCUUAACAAUGUCCCAUUAGUUUGGAUACCAUAGAAACAGGUUGGCCAUUAGAGUAAUAUUUCAGAACAGAAGAAAAAUACAAACUACAAAAUGUUCACUCUCCAGUUAACUGCCUCUCUCUCCAUUAUAAUCACCACCACACUCAGCUGUUGACAAUGAAUGAUGCUCAAAUGCAUAUUUGCUCUUUGUUUUAUGUUACCGGUCUAAUACUGUUAACAUGUUGUUUUCAUCCUCUAAAGUUUACAGGAAAAAAUUAAAAUUAAUUAUUCUUGUGGUUUUAUUUUCAAUGAAAUGUCAUAACCACACGUAGAAAAAUGUAGUGUUGCUGUUCUCUUUUCCUUUUGUAAAAACUCUUAAGGUAGCUGGUGUUGAUGUGCCAAAGGGUGAUGCAUAAUAAUAAAAAUGAUUUGCCACUA